AUGCCGAAAUUAAAACGUCAAAGUGAAAGUCAAAGAAGAAAAAGAAAAUUAAAUGAUAUGCAGCAGAGAAGGAAAGAAGGAAAUCCAAAACAUAGAAAAAUCCACAAAAAUAGGUUAAAACUAAGUCAAGAAAAAAGACUACAAGAUCCUCAACAAAGAAAAAUCCAUCAAGAGAGAUUAAAAGAAGCUCAAAGACAAAGGCUACAAGAUCCACAACAAAAAAAAAUUCAUCAAGAUCGUUUAAAAGAAGCUCAAAAACAAAGAUUACACGAUAUAGAACAAAAAAAAAUACAUCAAAAUCGUUUGAAAGAAGCUCAAAAACAAAGAUUAAAAGAUUUAAAUAAAAGAACAAUACAUAGGUUAAGAAUCAAUUUGGCACAAGAACAACGAUUGGAAAAUCACGAAAAAAGACAGGUACAUCGAGAAAGAUUAAAAAAAGCUCAAGAAAUCAGACUACGAAAUCCAGAAUUGCGAAGAAAACAUAAUGAAAUCAAUAAAUAUUGUCAAGAUAAUCGAUUACUAGAUAACAACAAAAAAGCGAUUCAUAAUCAAAAAAGUAAAAUCUAUCAGAAAAAAAGAUUACUUAAACCUGAAAUGCGAGGAAUACAUAAUGAAAGAUUAAGAAUAUCCCAACAAGAUAGAUUAACUGAUGAAGAACAAAAAAAAUUACAUAAAUAUCGUGUUCAAAAAAUGGGCCGAUAUGCUGAACAUAAUUCCAGAGAACAAGCUGGCUUUCUUCCUGGGUGGAGCUCCGGUGAUACCGACUUCUCCCUUCUUGCCUCCCUUCAAAUAGCCAUGCGUCUUCAAGGCAGUGCUGCCUAUGCACUUUUUGUAGACUUUAAACGAGCCUUCGACUCAGUCCCGCAUGAUAAGCUGUGGGCCAAGCUACACCACCUUGGACUUAGUCCCAAGAUCCUGAAUAUUUUUAGGUCCCUGUACAACACUACCAUAAUGCAAGUCAGAAGUGACAGUGUUCUUUCAUAG